AUGGAGCAAUUCAUCCUCUUCGGCGACAGCCUAACCCAGCAAGCCUUCUCCCACGAGCAUGGCGCUCUGGGCCCCGCGCUGACGGAUGCCUACAUCCGCAGGCUCGACGUCAUCAACCGUGGCUUCUCGGGCUACAACACCACCCAGGCCCUGCAGGUCCUCCCUCUCUUCAUGCCCAGCCCAUCCCGAGCGCGAGUCCGUUUCUUCGCCAUCUGGCUCGGAGCCAAUGAUGCCAGGCUGCCCAACACCCCGGGUGGCCCUCAGCAGCACGUUCCCUUGGAGCAGUACAAGGCCAAUCUGAAGGCCAUUGCCACUCACCCCUGCGUGCAAGCGCACCAAGGUAUCCGCGUCCUGAUCAUUACCCCGCCUCCCGUGGACGAGAGAAUGAUGCUAGACGUGGAUGGCGUUGCUCGAGAUGGCCAGUCCCCGCCACGACGCACGAGUAUGACCACCUCUCUCUACGCCGCGGCAGCUUGCGAUGUCGGCGCAGCGCUGGGUAUUGCCGUCUUGGACCUAUGGCAUGCCACGAUGCUGCGUAUCCCAAACUCCAUCGUCAAACGCGACAACGCCUACUACUACGCGGGCAUGCUCCAUGUCGCGGAGAGCGCGAGCCUUCAGAAGCUCCUGCGCGACGGUCUGCAUUUGAGUCGCGCGGGAUACGAGGUCUGUUUCCAAGAACUGAUGAGAUGCAUCGACCGGCUGUGGCCAGAUCAGAUCCCUGACCAGCUACCCUUCGUCUUUCCCCGCUGGGAUGACGAGCGGGCCUGGAUAGCUACCAGGUGA